AUGAUUCAGCUGCAGAAAGCACCUCCUGGUGUAAUUGCUCCUCCUCCCAUACCAUCUAAGGGUAUUUUUCAACUGGAUGUUGAUAGUGAUAUUUGGCAGGAUGUUGGAAUUGAGGAGGGUUACCCUGAUCCCCCUGGUUGGCUUGCUGAUGAGGGUGUGUGCAAGGGAAUAAGACUUUUGUUGGAGGUUGAUUGUUGCAAUGAAGAAGAAAGAAGGUUGUUAAGAGAGCAGACCAUUUUACAGGAGUGGUUUUCUGUGGAGUGGCAAAGUGUAGAGGCUGCUCAGAAUAAUGCUGGUGAGUAG